AUGGCUCAGCAACAAGCUGCUCAGGGUACGCCAGGAGGAUCAUUUCAUGGACAACCUCAACCUAACCCUAAGGGGAAUGCAAACUCUAUUGCCUUACUAAGCGGAACUACAUAUAAUGAACAUGUAGAUCCUAGGCUGAAGAAACCAAAGCCACCAAAAAAGGAUGUUGUGACCACACCUGAGAAACAACCAGUAAAGGAACCUGUAGAACCUGAGAGGCAAAGAAAGGAAGAAGUUAAAAAUAAGGAAGAGGUAAAAGACAACCAGGUUUACAUACUACCCCCUCCUUAUAAACCACUGAUCUCAUAUACACAAAGACUUAAAGAAACCAAAUUAGAUAACCAAUAUAAAAAGUUCGUAAAAAUGAUUGAGAAACUCCACGUCGAGAUUCCCUUCACCGAAAACAUCACCCAAAUACCAUCGUAUGCCAAAUUUCUAAAAGACAUCUUAACUAACAAACAUAAGCUUGAUGAUCCUAAACCUCUAGAAUUCAACUCAAUCACUGAAAAGAAACUAGCCAAAAAGGAGAAAGACCCCGAAAUUUUUUCUAUACCUUGUGUUCUAGGAAAUCAUAUCAUUGAUAAAGCAUUGCUGGAUUUAGGAGCCAGUGUGAGCUUAAUGCCUUUAGUUGUUUGUAAUAGAUUAAACCUAAGAGACAUGCAACCAACUAGGAUAUCCCCUAAACUGGUCGAUCGACCAGUUAAAUAUCCAAUAGGUAUAUAG